CCGGAGCGAGGCGAGGCGGAGCGGGGCCCAGGCGGGCGGCUCCCCCCGCACCCCCCCCCCCAAAUGGCCGCGCAGCGGGGCUGAGCCCCCUCCCCCCUCCCCCAACUCCCCCCCCCCCAAAAAAAAAAAAACCCCCGGGGGGGCCCCGGCGUCCGGGCGCAGCAUGGCGUUCACGUUCGCCGCCUUCUGCUACAUGCUGACCCUGGUGCUGUGCGCCUCGCUCAUCUUCUUCGUCAUCUGGCAUAUCAUCGCCUUCGACGAGCUCCGGACCGACUUCAAGAACCCCAUUGACCAGGGCAACCCGGCCCGGGCCCGCGAGCGAUUGAAAAACAUCGAGCGAAUCUGCUGCCUCCUGCGCAAGCUGGUGGUGCCCGAGUACUGCAUCCACGGGCUGUUCUGCCUCAUGUUCCUGUGCGCUGCCGAGUGGGUGACGCUGGGCCUCAACCUGCCCCUGCUGCUCUACCACCUCUGGAGGUACUUCCACCGGCCGGCGGACGGCUCGGAGGGGCUCUACGACGCCGUCUCCAUCAUGAACGCCGACAUCCUGGGCUACUGCCAGAAGGAAGCGUGGUGCAAGCUCGCCUUCUACCUGCUCUCCUUCUUCUACUACCUGUACAGUAUGGUGUACACACUGGUGAGCUUCUGAGGGGCCGCCCUGCCCGGACGCCUGGGCCCCCCCGGACGCCUGGGCCCUUCCCGGAUGCCUGGGCCCCCCCGGACGCCUGGGCCCCGCCGGACGCCUGGGCCCGCCGCCAGGGCCAGAGCAGGGGGGGACAUGUCCCUGCGAUGACCCCAGUUUGGGGAGCAGGGGGGGAACUGGGAGCACUGGGCAGGGCCCGGUCCGGCCCAGUCCGGCCCAGUUUGGCCCAGUUGGUCCCAGUUCCCCCCCCUACCCCCCCCCCGCCGGGUCUCUGUGUACAAAGACGUCGCGUCGUGGCUGAAUAAAGACAACUGGCACCAGGA